AUGUCGCGUUCUGAGAGGGAGAAGUUGGUUCAAUCGCCUGCGAGAUGUGAGAUGCUUAUUGAUGUAGCUUUGACCCUCUAUGUGAAGACCCAUAUCGAAUUUGCGGGCGAUUCUCCAGGGUUUCACAUCAGCCUCUGCGCUCCACAUAAUGCUACCAACGUGAAGCGAAUUCCACCGGAAUUAAACAAUGGACUUCGCGCUCAGUAUCUCAAGGCCUUGCAAGCUAACCUAACUGCGAAGAGAGAGUACAAUGAUGUGCUUCGGGAGAUAUUGUCUCACAAACAAGAUAUACACUCUUGCGCAUCUGCUGGUGGCGGUGAGAGACUAGAGACAAAGGGCGCUGAAUUGCAGACAUACUUGGGACUUCUACGAAGCCGACGAGAACAUGGGAAAAUACAGAUUUUUCAACACUACUUGGAGGAGCUGAACAAAAUGGAAGCCGGGCAAGCUGGGUACCUUGAACUUGCCAAGGAGCAAGCGAUCUCUCGCCAGGCUGCUCAAAACUUGAUAGCCCAUUCUAACCCAACCUCGGGGAGUUCAGGUGACAACAGAUCAGAUUCGGAAACCCUGCUUACCAACUUGGAAAAAGCGGUACUCCGUGCGAAGCAACAAGCGGAUAUUGAGAAGAGUCUCCUUGAGAAGUUGAACAGCCAACGCCUAGCUGAUGUUAUCUCUUCGUCAAUCGAUGAGCGAGACCCUAUUGAGGACCAAGCUGCGAUUGAUGCGUCAGACGCCGAGAAUGUUCAUGUUUUGGAAGAGACUAAAUCCUUGAUCCAACAGCAAUACGCUUCCUACGUUAACGCUCGAAAAUCCUUAAUAUCAGCUGUAUCUACAGCGUCUCAACAUUUCCCGGCUGGGCUCCAAACACCACAACGCCGAUGUCAGCCUCAGGGGAAACAACAGAGUGCAUCCACUCCGGACCUUGCUUUACUAUUCCCAUAUGUGUCGGAGCAUUUGCUGCCCUUGUCAAAAGCCCAGAAAGCACCUUCUACGCAAAAGGCCUAUUUAUCUGCCCUUCUUGCUAAAGAGAAGUGGACUACGUGUCGGAUGUUCGAUCGUCUGCAGGAAGAAAGCCAUCUGCUUCCGGAGUACCCCAUUCUUGCGAGACAACCGCGAUUUAGACAUGCAGUUGCCGCGAUAAACAGUCGCUCAACUUCUCUCGCCAGCCCAACAAGCCCAAGUGACACUUCGGAGAUCGUCGCCCGUGCAGAGGCCUGGUCAUUUGCUGCCAGGGAAGCACGGGAUGCUACGAAUGGAUGUGUAGAAGAUAGGGUGAAUUUCGGGACAGAAUUGGCCCGAAAGGCAGAGGAUAUGUUGAAGGAAAUGUAUGAGCUUAUGAACCAGGACUACGAGGAGGCAACGGCUGGCAAGGAGGAAAAGAAAGAGGAUGAUGGAGAUAUCUGGGCCUCGGAAAGCCGAUUUUCUCGGGGUAGAGGAGGACGCCAUUGUCGAUCAGAGAAUAUGCCAAAAGGCCCAUGGUCCGGUUUGAAUGGGAAAGUUGGAGUCAUUGGCGAUGGAUGA